AUGCGUCUUCUGUUUGACCAUUACAAGCAUAGGCUCGGACUUCCUGGCAGUUCUCCCAUUGUGAUUCAGGAAGAUGUGCAAGAACCUAGUGGAAGUGGAGAUGGGAAGAAGAAAGGGAAGAUUUGGGGUGAUUUCAGGAAAAUGAAAAGAGAUGCCAUUCUGAAAGGAACCAGAAAAAGUUCCAAAUCUGAGUUUGAUAGGUACCUUGAGGAGGAGGAGGAUGAUGAAGUGGUUACACGAGCAUUGGUGGGUUCAGAAGAGGAUGAAUACAAAUUUGACAUCUUGGGAUGGUGGUCGCGAAGUGGGAUGAAAUAUCCUACUAUUUCUGAGAUGGCUAGGGAUAUUCUUGUUGUUCCUAUUUCCACUGUUGCUUCUGAGUCGGCAUUCAGCACAGGAGGUCGAGUUUUAGAUUCGUUUAGGACCUCCUUAUCCCCUGAAGUUGUGGAGGUGUUGAUUUGUUGUGAAGAUUGGAUAAGAUCUUCAGACUCCGAGUUGGUGGCUGAUGGAGAAGAUGAGGGUGAUGAUGAAGUGGUAUUUCAAAAUGUAUAUGUAGCUUUUCAAGCUCGGAGUGCAAGUGCACCUGCAAGACCUAGUGGAAGCUCUCGUGCAGGACCCAAUGGAAGCUCUCCUGCUACCCAUGUUUUGGUCUCGAGUCCUACUAUGUCACAAGUGGAAGAAGACUAUGUCGACAACAAUUCUGAUGAGAAUGAUGAGACUUAUGUAGAUGUAGAGCCUGAUGAGGAGUGA